ACAGGGGGUGGGGUGAGGGGAAGAUGUCGUUAUUAUGUGGAACCUUUCUUCGGCCCAGCCUCAUUGCUGGCAUAUUCCACAUUCUGCUUGAGACACAGACUGCAGAAGAUCUUGCUCCAAUGCUGGACUAACAUGUGCAAAAUUUACCACGGGGGUGUCAGGAAUUUCAAUCUUUGCUUCCAAAACAGACUGGCAGCCUAGGGGCCAAAGCAGGGAGUGAGCACCCUACAGUUUUUUUGUUAUGUCGGUUGAACACUGCCCAGCAGUGUUACCAUCUUUAUUCUGAGCACUCCAUCUUUUCAUUGGGGUUUUACAUCUCUCUGUAGCUCAACGUCUUCUGGUAUGUAAAGUUCCGCUGUCUCUUUAAGUUGAACCCUGGGACAAGGAUGCCAACGGUCCAUAAACAAAUGUUGCUUAAUUUUGGAGAAUUCUUGUGUGCCAGUGCUAAUAGUGGAAAUGCCUGAGAAAAAGUGCCGCUCCUAAGGCAGGAAGGAGUGUAGGAUUAUGUUGGCUGCAACAAUCACAGCAGCGCUGAUCUAUAUUAUGGUGCAAAGCUCUGGAGCCUUGGCCCUCGGUACAGCAUGUUGGGAUGAACGUCUAUCGCGAGCAGGGAGAAACAACAGCUGUGUGGCCUCACAGCCCUUCCUGAUAUUUGGCCAUGGGAAAGCUAUUCAUCGGAUGGACCUCGAUGGGACAAACCAGAGAAGGCUUGUGGCUGGCGUGGGAAGCUCGAUCCUGCUUGACUUUCAUUUUAGAGAGGAGAGCGUUUACUGGGCUGACAAACACACUGGGGUCAUCUACAAAGCAUCAGUGAGAGGAGUACACAGACAGAAACUGUACUCAUCUGACAAACAUCUCUCGGGACUUGCGGUGGAUUGGGUUUGGAACAGUGUAUAUUGGACAAGUGGAGAAAAGGGAAAAAUCAAGAUCAUGGAUAUAAAUGGGAAAAAUCAAAGGACUAUUUUAAGACACUUAACCCAACCCAGUUGUAUAAACGUUGACCCCACUAACAGGUUUCUUUUUUGGCUGUCUGGCGGGAUGACUCCAAGUAUACAGCGGUCUGAUGCGACAGGACGAAUGAAAACUACACUUAUUAAGAUAGCAGAAAAACUGGAAGCACUAUCGAUUGACCGAGUGGAUAAAAGACUGUACUGGGUUCAGUUUGGUCUGCAAGGAGAAAGUGCCAUUGCCUCUUGUGAUUACAACGGGAACGCUCUGCACGUCAUAGACACGCCCCUUCAGUCUAAGUCACUGGGGAUUUCGGUUUUUCUGGAGAACUUGUACUACACUGAUGCCGCAUCUAGGGUUAUGAAACAAGUAAACAAAUACACUGGUGGAGAGCCACUGACUGUUAACAUAAAACAAAUGGCAAAACCCCCAGUUGAUAUCAAGGUGGUACAUCCCCUCAACCAGCCAAUGGCAGACUCCCAAUCACCAUUUUCAGGUUGCGACAAACAGAGUGGAAAUUGCCUGAAUGUGUGUUCCAGUCUAGCCGAGCAAGGGACUUGCCACUGCAGUGAAGGCUUUGCUCUCAGUAAACAAGGCACUUAUUGUGAAGAUAUGAAUGAAUGUGCCCAUUGGAACCACGGCUGCUCUCUUGGUUGCGAAAACAUCCCAGGCUCCUAUUUCUGUACCUGCCCUAAAGGAUACGCCCUCCUACCAGACAGGAAGACAUGUGGAGAGAUCAUACCAUGUGAAGGCAAUUUCACCAAGUGUGGCCAUGGAUGCCUGACAACAGCCGAGGGGGCUAUCUGUGUGUGUCCAGAGGGAUCUUUACUGCAGGAGGAUGGUCAAGCCUGUACUGGCUGCUUGUCUGCAGACAGAGGGGGUUGCAGUCAGCUCUGUACUCCUGUCUCCCCGACUAGGUGGCAGUGUGGUUGUCUGCCUGGCUACCAGCUCCACCAAGAUGGCAAGCGCUGCAUUGCCUCUGGACCAGCACCUUAUCUACUAGUUGCCAAUCUAGUGGAUGUAAAGCAAAUUAAUCUUGAUGGCACUGGAGAUAAAUCCCUUGUGGAGGAGCCCCGAGGAACAAUCAUAGCUUUGGACUAUGACCCUGUCGAGAAUAAUGUGUACUUUGCUAGUACAGGCCAGAAAACCAUUGAGCGGGUUGAUUUGAACAGUGGGUUGAGAGACGUUCUCGUCUCUGAUGGUUUGGACUCUCCAGAAGGACUGGCGAUAGACUGGGUCCAUCGCAGAAUGUACUGGACAGAUAAAAGCCAGUCAACUGUUGACUGCAGUACCUUGGUUGGACUGAACCGAAUAACCAUUGUAAGCAAAGGGCUAGAAAAACCAAGAGAUAUCGCAGUUCAUCCUUUGGCAAAGAAGUUGUUCUGGACUGAUAUAGGGGCCGUGCCUGUCGUGGAAAGCGCCUCUUUGGAAGGGAAAGACCGUGCUGUAGUUGCUAGCACCAACCUUGUGUCACCAAGCGGCCUGACCAUCGAUUUCACAGAGGAUCGUCUGUUCUGGUGCGACCAGAGGAGGGGCCUGGUGGAGACUGCUGCUCUCGAUGGUUCAGAACGACAGGUCCUGUUAGAGAACCAAGUAGGUCGGCCUUUUGACCUGGCAGUAUUUGAGGACAGGUUGUGGAUAUCUGACCAGGAGCACCAGCAGCUGCGGAGCGUACACAAGCGGACUGGGAGGAAACUGCAAAUUAUCCAUGGCAACAUGGUCCAACCAGCAUCCAUCGUGGUGGUUCAUCCCCUUGCUAAACCAGGGGCCGAUGUUUGCAUUCACCUAAAUGGAGGUUGUGCCCAGGUUUGUGAAAGCAAAUUGGGAUUUGCCCACUGCUCAUGUCUGUCACACUUCUACCUAUCAGCUGAUGGAAGAGGUUGCUUGCCUGCCAAUGCUUUGAAUGGAACAGCAGAAUCUGGAGACAGUGAAUCCACUGAUUUAAGAUCUCUCAAAAACAAAACCUUCAACGAUGAGAGCACACCCUUGACAACACCUGGGCUGUCAACCGAUAAAACAGCGGCUGUUCGAGACUCGGAUGUGGGCAGUGAGCCAACUCUCUUUACAGACAAGAUGGUUUCAGACCAGAAUGAGUGUUACUCGCUUCGCUGUGAUGUCAACGCCCAGUGCCUGCUCAUUGCUGGCAGCCCAACUUGUCUGUGUCUAGAAGGUUUUACAGGUGAUGGACACAUGUGUGUGGAUAUUGAUGAGUGUAAACAGGGAACACACAAAUGUGACAAACAUGCAGAAUGCCAAAAUGCCUUGGGGAAGUAUCUCUGCAAGUGCCGCUCUGGAUACCACGGCAAUGGAAAGACUUGUCAAGAGUUGGAGACCACAGCGCCAUGGGUGACGACCGGUAGCCCUGCUGAUGUCACCACCCAGCACCACAACAGUAACUCAAUAGAGAACUGCCCUUCCACCCAUGAGUCCUACUGUCUGUAUCAGGGUGUCUGCUUCUACUUUCCUGAAAUGGAGUCCUAUGCUUGCAAUUGUGUAGCUGGCUACGUGGGGGAGCGUUGUCAGUUCAGCGAGCUGGAGUGGUGGGAGCGUCAGCAAACUGAGAAGGAGAAGAGGAGGAACGUGGUCAUUGCGGCCUGCAUGGUGGUCCUUGUUUCCCUGCUCUCCAUCGCUGCCUGUGUCACCUACUGUUACGGAACCAGAAAAUUCUUCACCAAACAGCCCUCAGAGGAUAGUGUAAGCGAGACCAGCGUGACAGAUGAGAGCAUGUCAGAGACCACCACAACCAGUGUGCCUCGGUUCUCCAUGGUAGCAGAAAAUGGCAUGAAAGGAAUGAUGGUCCCUGCCAUGAGCUGUCCCAGGAGAGCUGCCUGUCCAUCCUGCUCUUCAGAAACAGGCAACAACCUUGUGCCUGAAGAGUUGGGAAGAUUGUCAAAGCACAACACAGGUUAUGAGUGUUCCAUGGUGUCGACUGUUGCCAUGGAGACCACACAACCCACUGUCCAUCACUCCAGUCCGUCACUGUCAAGUUCAUAGACUUAUAUGUCCAUCAAGCCACCACUACUCUCCCAGGCUCCCAGCCCAGAGUGCCCUGGCUCCUAGAUUACCAGAGAGACCAACACAGCUGUACAGUCACAGUGUGCACACUGUUAACAUCUGGCUGGUGUAAAAAGAAAUGAAAAGAAUGUCACAGAAGCUUUUACCUACCUUAAGGUUAUUUGUUGCAUUUUGGCAUGAACAAAUACACUGUUUGCAACUCUCAUUUGUAGAUUUGUAUUAAACGUACAAUUAACUAAUGCCACACCAGAUCAUGAAAGCUAUUGUAAACAAAAGUAUCUGGUAGCAU